GGCCCUCGACCAGAUGAAGUCACCUUGGUCAUGCGGUACAUGACCUAAGUAUUCUCUGCUGUAAAUGUUCCCAAUCUGUACAAGUAGCUUCCCCAUACAUAGAACCGUUUUAGGACCCGCAAUGCAUGUACAAGCUGCUGGAGCGCUGCAUCAAAAAUAUGCACCAAUACCAAUAAGGGUGGCCGGAGGAUAACCUUCAGGCCUACCGUAGUGGAGUCAACGGACAAAUCUGCUCAACACUAGGAAUGCUAUGGCGUUCGCAACGUUCUUCCUCUUUCCUCUUGGCAGUGGUCAAGAAGCAACUCUUGGCGGCACGUACUGUUCCAAUAUUGAAUAUGCCACGAGAAUAGCUUCUAUAAGGCGCACAUGCCGUGGUAGUCGCUCCCCCAAUAACGACGAGAGAAGGUUGCUCCAGGACUUCCAAGGCUUUUUCUGUGGCCUGGCGACAAACAUAGGAACAUGGUCAGGGUCUGUAGGGAUUAUGCUAUCUGCCGUCUACCAGAGGGACCGCUCUGAAGCGGUGAGCAAGUUACUUGCAUAUCCAAGGCCAAUUGUUUUGCUAUUGUGAUACCUUCUUUGUUGUACGGAACGUGCAUGGCUUGAGACAUGUAUUCAGCCAGCCCAGUGCACA